AAUGAAGCGAGAGUUUUAGAUAUACGGCUCUGUAAAAGCUAAACAAAAGGCCGUUUCCGGCUGGGUUGAAGCGGGGCUGAGUUCACCGGAAACGAUGAUAGCGUGUUUGGAGCAGCGAUUUUUGCCGGAUAGUGAGGCGGAGACGAGAGCAGACGACGACGUUUCGAGUCUCUGCAAAGCGUUGGAGCUCAACGGGAGUAUCGAUUGUGGGUCUGUUGGGGUCGCCAGUAAGGAUUUCGGAGGUCUGUAUGCUGUGAAGCCUCUGGCUUUUAUCAGGCCGUCAGGCGCCGACGACUUGGUGAGGGUGGUUAGCGCCGCCGCUCGGUCAUCGAAUCUGACGGUGGCGGCGAGAGGUAACGGCCACUCGAUCAACGGUCAGGCGAUGGCUGAUCGAGGGCUGGUGAUUGACAUGAGAACCAUGGAGGAGCGGAUUGAGGUGGUGAGCUGUGGCGGCGCUGGUUAUGUCGACGUCUCCGGAGGGGCAUUAUGGGAAGAUGUGUUGAAACGCUGCGUUUUGGGGUUCGGACUCGCGCCCAGGUCGUGGACCGACUACCUCGGGUUAACCGUCGGUGGCACGUUGUCUAACGCCGGCAUUAGCGGCCAGGCCUUCCGUUACGGCCCUCAGACUUCGAACGUAACUGAGAUGGAGGUCGUCACCGGAAAAGCCGAAACGCUGGUGUGCUCUGAAACCCAAAACCCAGAAAUCUUCUUCGCGAUUCUCGGUGGACUCGGCCAGUUCGGAAUCAUCACCAGAGCUAGGGUUUUGCUACAGCCAGCACCGGACAUGGUGAGAUGGAUGAGGUUGGUGUACGCCGAGUUCGACGCGUUCUCGCGCGACGCUGAGAUUCUCGUGACUAGACCGGAGGGUGACUCGUUCGAUUACGUGGAAGGUUUUGUCUUCGUCAACAGCUCCGACCCGGUUAACGGUUGGCCGUCAGUGCCACUGACUCCUGAGCAGCGGUUCAACUCCGGUCGAGUCCCUCGAACUGCUGGUUCGGUGCUGUACUGUAUCGAAGUGGCUUUACACUACAAAAGUAGCGACCACGCCUCAACUGUUGAUAUGGCUGUAAGUCGGAUGCUUGAAGGGCUUGGAUUUAUCGAGGGCUUGGAGUUCCACGUGGACGUUGGUUACAUGGAGUUCUUAUUACGGGUGAAGCGUGUAGAAGAAGACGCGAGGGCCAAUGGCAUUUGGGACGCGCCUCACCCUUGGUUGAACAUGCUCGUCUCUAAGAGGGACAUCGCUGAUUUUGAUCGGACGGUGUUCAAGAAGAUCUUGAGAGAUGGGGUUGGUGGGCCCAUGCUUGUCUACCCUCUGCUUCGAAGAAAGUGGGAUGAUCGAACCUCGGUGGUGAUACCAGAAGGGGAAAUCUUCUACCUAGUGGCAUUGCUUCGGUUCGAUCCUGCAUAUUCAAAGGACUCCGUCGUAGAAAAAAUGGUUGCCCAGAACCAAGAAAUCAUACAGUGCUGUAUGAAAAAUGGGUUUGAUUUCAAGUUGUAUCUUCCUCAUUAUCAGUCGGAGGAAGGGUGGAAGCGACACUUUGGGAAUCGGUGGACGAGGUUUGUGGAGAGGAAGGCGAGGUUUGAUCCAAUGGCCAUCCUCGCUCCCGGCCAGAAGAUCUUCUCCCGGAGCCGGCAACCCUAGCUUGAGGACGAUGGAUGGAUGGAUGGAUGGAGUUAGCUGGAAAAUGGGUUUAGAUCAAUUGUUUUGGUUGUUGGCAGAUGUUUACCAUUAGUUCUCAUGUUGAUUAAGAUUACAGUUGCAUUGUGGGAGCAAUGUAAAUGAAAAUAUUUUAAGGAAAAUUUUGAUGUUUUUAUAUGAUGUUUUCUUAGUAAUAAAGCCAACAAAAGUUUGAAGAUAUUGUAACAAA